UGCUGCUGCCAAGCAUGGUGAUUCUUUCAUUCGUGUUUCUUCUUUCCAUUCUGAAUGCUUGGCUUUCAGCUGGCUCGUUUCGCAAGAGAAGGUACCAGAACGAUCCUCCCUUCACCGCUCGACAAGGAGGAGGAGGAGCUCGCGGCUCGUCGUCCAAGCGGAAGAAAUCCCCGGAUGACGCUGGAAGUGCCGAUGAUAUGUCGCAAGGAUCUCUGGAUAAUAUGAUGAGCAUCGACUUCGAAGCCAAGGCGGCAACGCCAACACCAUCAUCGGCCAGUGGAUCAUCGUCUCCUCGAAAAACAGUAAAACUCAGCAUCAAAUCCUUCACGGUUCCAGAGCUUCUCAUCGACAUGCCAGAGUCUGCAACUGUAGCCAGCCUCAAGAAAGCUGUGCUGGAUGCAACGAUGAACCUGCUGGGUGGUGGCUUGAGAAUUCGUGUUUUCCUCCACGGCAAGAGAGUCCCUGACGAGGAAGCCACACUGGCUCAAGUCGGGCUUUCCGCUCAGGCUGGAAAGAGCGGCUCUCUGGGAUUUAUGUUGGAGCCAGCAUCCUCUUCCAACUCCGAGGAUGCUCUCCUCGCACUCUCUCAAGCCGCCAGCCAGCCAGGAACUUGGCACCCGACUUUGGACGGGAGCUGGGCCGUGGUGGAAGGCCAAGAGAAAAUGGAAGACACUGUGAUUGAGACCGAUGCUCGGCUCGCAUGCUCGCUGGUUUCGGGUGGUGGUGGUGAUGGACAGGCACAGAUAAAUGCCAAAUGGACUGGUACAACAACACACCUGCUUUGUUUAGACGGAUGCCAUAAAAACAAUCUGAGAACAUAUAAAGCAACACGGGUGACAGCGGCUGGGGGUAUGAUCUUUCAUUUACAGCACACAAGAACAAGGAACAAAAGAACGAACAAAAACCAAGAAAGGAUAACAAUUCACAGGCUCUUUUCUUUGUUUCUCUCGUGAGAGUGACG